AUGGCUGCUGCUAGUGGCAAGUUUCACUGGGAAGAAACAUUGACAGGGUUCAAAUGGCUAGGAAACAGAUCUCGCGAGUUGCAACAGCAAGGCUACGAUGCGUUGUUUGCUUAUGAAGAAGCCAUCGGAUACAUGUUCAGCGAAGUGGUGUUUGACAAAGAUGGCGUUGCCGCAGCCGCAUACAACGAGCUCUGCAAACAAUAUGGCUACUUUGAAGACGCCAACACAUAUGUCAUCUCACCGUCCUCGGACAUCACCAACGCAGUCUUUGAACAAAUACGAAGAACAAAGCCUACGAAUGUUGGAAGCCGUGGUAUUCUUCGUUGGCGCGACUUGACCAUCGGAUAUGAGUCUGCAACACCCGACCAAAAACCAACGUUGCCGAUUGAUAAGAGCUCGCAGAUGAUUAGCUGUGAGUUGGAGGGCAACNAACCCAAGAUCAAGUUUUACAUCGAAGGCAGUGCAAGCACAUCACAAGAAGCAAAGGCAUCAGCUCAGGAGGUCCUCGAGGAUUUGAUGAAGGAAUGGUUCAAGCCCGAAGUGAACAAUCUGAAAAGAGAGUAG